AUGCUGGGUGUGCGUGGCAGUGUCCCUUCGGGUUGCGGCGGAGGCGAUGCUUCCCGCCCACUCAACGUCUACGGCGGCGUGGACUUGCGGCGCCCGUGCACUGCGGGCCUCAGCGGGGGCGUGGCGGACGACCGCCCGGUGCUGCGUGCCUUCUUUACGCAGACGCUGGGCGCUGCGGUGGGUACGGCGUGCCCGGAGGAGAAUUCAUUGCGGUGGGUGGGCCCGCAGGGUUGCGUGCUUUACGUUGGCCCCGCCGACGACGGCGACGACGAUGCCGCAGGGACGACGUACGACUCGAGACCUCGGCCGCUGCAGGGGCCAGCAGCGUUUCGCUACGUUCCUCGCCCCCGCAGCGUGACGCCGCAGCGAGAGGAGAUGCGUACAUGCCCCUCUUUUUUUUCUUGCUCCUCUUCCUCUUGUCGUGGCACUGCUCCCGCUCCACGGCGGAAGGAAGGCGAAAAUGCCGUGCGCCGGCCCUUGGCGCACUUGGCCUCCGCGGCGUCGCAGAGCACGGGGCGUGGUUCUCUCGUCCCUUCAUGCGGGGGGCCCGCAGGUUUGAUGGAGAGAAUACGGUGUGAGACGGCCUCGUUGUGGGAGAGGCUACAAACGGCGCGUUCGCAUUUGUACGGCACGGUGCCGUUGUCGUCCGAAAAGGGAGAGCCGGCGCUGCCUGAGAAAAAUGUGUCGCACGUGAGCGAGGAAGCAACCGCCGUGAGCCUCACGACGGAGUCGUACGUUGGGGUCUCCCCCGUUGGCAGGCCCAACGCGGCCUCGAGACCGGCGUCGGUGAGCUCGCCCCUCUACCGCAGGCUGCGCGGGGAGGUGCAGGAAGGGAGCCACCUGUCGGCUCCGCGUCUGCGGGGGCAACGCUUGCGGGAGGCGUGGGGGCGCGACGCGGCACUCCCAGAGCACCUGCACCGCGUUGCCGACAUUGAGGGAACGGGCUCGGUGCGCCUCUCGCGACUCAUUAUAGUUCUCCGUGUGCGUCGCUACUUGGACUGGUCCGAGCAGGAGGCGAGGCGAACGGUGGCGUGGCUUGCGAACCACCCCUGUGGGACACCCGACGCGGGUGCCGUGACGCCGCAGGAAGCGAACUCCACCACACGUAUUGUGAUCAGGGAGGAGGACGGGACGUUUUACUUAAAUGCGGGCGCCUUCUUUUCACUGCUGCGGGCCCUGCUUCUGCUGUAG